AUGAAGCGAUUUGAUCGUUUAGGAAGUGCUGCUUUUGUUACUGUGAUCAUUACAUUAGUUUUUCAUCUAAUUGCAAUGUCAUUUACCAAUUGGAGAGAAAUCACUUGUAAUGGUUGUGACAGUUUUAGUCAGUUUGGAUCAUGGUCAACAGGAAUUACAACGCGGUGUUACACAACAUCAAUGGCAUCGAUUUUCGAUCCUUUGAAAAGUUCAACAGAAAAUUCAAAUGAUCAAUCAUUUCAAGCAAAAGUUUGUAUGCCGAAUCAGAUGUUAAUGGUCAAUAAUCUUCAAUAUGCAUCAACGUGUCUUGAUGUAGUGAAUAUGUAUGGUGAUAUCGCAUGUAGUAUGCAAGAUGUUAAUAACAACUAUUGUAAAUGCGAUUAUUUACCUCGAACGAAAUUAACUUUAGGAACAACAAUAAUAACAUCAUUUGCAUUGGGAACUUUAGUAUUUUUAUCACAUUUAGUUGCUUUUGUUAAAAAAGAUUAUAUUGUUCAAUGGUUAAUUCCAACUUGUUAUGGUCUUUUAUUUGUUGCUGUUAUAUUCAUUUUAAUAACAUUAAUAUCAGCUGGAUCAGGUUUAGAUGAAGAUGCUAAUGAACUUCGAUUUACUUCGACGAUUAUUCGAGUGAUUUAUUAUAAUGAUUCAUCAACUGCAAUCAAAAUUCAACAAUCGAUUAAAGCAAAUUCAACUGUAACAUAUCAAACUAAAGUUGGAUGGUGUUUUGGAAUGGAAAUUUUAGCUUUUUAUUUCUCGCUUAUUUCAUUAGUUCUUUAUUUAAUUAUGUUUUUAGUUGGAAAAAGACCUGAUGCAAUCAAACCAAUUAUGAAAUCUUCAUCCGAAUGUCUAUUAACACUUGAAAUUGAUGGAAAGAAAUCUGAAUGUUCUCCAUUGAAUUGUACUCAAUUUUCAAAUCCGAAACAAAUUCUUUCAAGUUCAUGUCAAAUAAAUUCAUUAAAAUUAUUUUUCACAAAUCAAGAAUAUUUUCUUGACUUUCUUGAUACUCAAUUUCAAAGUGAUGUUCUACUUGAAGAAUUUUUCAUCGAAAAUCAAAAUCAAAACACAAUUCAAAUUGAAAUCGAUUUGUACAAUUUUCAAGAAAAUGAUGAACUUUUUUCAUCAGAUAUGUUCACUUAUCUUGAAGGAGAAAAGGAAAUUAUUGAAAUAUUUCAAUUGAAAAUUAAUCGAUGGAUUCAAAUAAAACAAAAUUCGAUUCAAUUUAUUGAUCCAAAUGUUCUUUAUGAACAAUCAUUUAAACAAAUUCAUCUCACAUUUUUCUGUUAUUCAACUUCAACAUUUGUCCAUUGGAUUUUAUUUCAUAACAAUGAUAUUCAAGAAAAAUCACCAUGUUCAACACAAAUUCAAAUUCAAUCAAUAGAUGAUCUAUUACGAGAAGAAUCUCAGAUAUUCCAAAUCAAUCAAACUAUUAUUUCAACAAAACCAAAUGAAAAACAACAUUCAAAUCAAUUCAAUAUUUCAUCAAUUCUCGUGAUAUUCUUCAUUAUUAUAUCAAUAUUUGUUGGUGUUUAUUAUUAUCAACGCUUGCAAAACUCACGAAAACUUAACGUGAAUAUUGAUACCACAAUGAGUGAAAGUGAACAAUCAAUCAUCGAUUAA